AUGUGCCAAUACGGAAGGAAGAAGGCCGACGUGUACAAUGCGCAAUGCUGCCAAUUUCGGCUGGGUAGCCGCUUAUUCUCUCCAGAAAGAAAAGGCCGAAAAGGAGGAGGCUGGAGCUGCAGCCAGCCAGCCCGCCCUGCAGAGGCUCGGCUCCCGCGGGAUCCGCGAGCUGGGCGGUCGCUGACCCCGCGCUUCCCUCGCUCUGCCGGAGCAGACAGCGGGCACCUCCGGCUUCUCCCAGAGCGAAUCUCAGGGCCUCGGGACGAACAGCCUUUGCGGAGAGAAGCUAGAAGGAAGGGCCGAGGCCGAGAGCUGCACGGCCUCGCGCCCCGGCCCGGAGCCUCUCCGGCCCGCUGCGCCCCGCCGCCGCCCCUUCCUCCCCUGGAAAGCGGUGCAGAGGCGCGGCCUGGGCGGCCGGCGGGCCGGGCAGCGGGGACUUCGGGGGUCACGACCGGAAGGUCGGUGCGGGGCCUCUGCGUUCCGCCGCGCCACGUGGCCACUCCCCGCGCCCUCCCGCCCCGGGCCUUGCGGGCUGUCCAAGCUGCGCUUCGUCUCAAUAAAGCCGAAACCCCAAGAAGGAAAGAACUUUGGCUUGAAGAAGGAGGCUUAACUGCGUGCGGCCGUACGCUGGCAUCGCGUUCUGUUGGACAGAGAACCCCAGGACUGUCAGACGGCGAAGGGUUAGGAAGUGCGCGCAGCCUCGCCGACCCCUGCCCAGUCCGAGAGCCGGAGCUGUUGUCGAUCGAGGGCCCGGCCGUUGUGCCCGGGGCGCGCGGGCCUCGCUGAGUCGCGACGAGUCCCUGCGCCUCCUCCCAGACGCGGCGCCACCGAGAGACAGACCACCGGCUCCCGCUUCAUUUCAGGGGCUGACGAGGGGAAAACACUGCUGCACCCCUGGCCGAAGGAGGUAAACCAAGUAGAAAGAGGCGAUCAAAAAUUAAUUUGGUGCACAGCUCGGGAGCAGCACCCUGUCAAAACCCUACGGAGACGUUGGCACAAGCGGCAAACGGAUUCACAGACAAAGGAAAACAAUACAAGUCUCGUUAGAUCAUUUUUCUGGACAUUGUUUAAGGUCUGAAAGGGACCAAAUCGUUUCAAAAUGUUGCCAGUAAAAAUUAUCCUAUGUGGAAUGCAACUAAUCCUUUUAGGUUCCUGUCAACUGUUUCCACAAAAGGAAUCCGAUUUUUCAAAUCAAAGAUCCAAAAGUCUUUGGGGAGAGAUUUAUUACAUGCCAGAGCUUUAGUUACAGAAUAGAGUUACAAUAACAACUCGCACCCACCAACUCCCCAAAAUAAGGGAUCCCAUCCCACGCAGUUCUAAUGACGUGUGGGGGAUGGUUUGCUGGAGUCCUGCUAAAUAUGCAGAUGGGAGGAGAGUGGGGGAAGGGGGAGGAAGGCAAAGAAAUAUUAAAUUCCUUAAAUAGACCAACAGAACACAGCGCCUCAACAUUUUAUUUUUGUUCUCCGUACCCCUGGUUCCUUUUGAAGAGGAAAACAAGACCCAAACUUGGUGACCUGCCCCCUCAGUUUAGAAUUUUAAGGUGAGCUUAAUGCUUGAGUCCUGAAAAACUCUUCCGAACCCUGACUUCUCUGAGUUUGCAUAUUAGUGUGUCUACAGUGUCUGCAAGUGGAAAAUAUUUAAAAGUGAGAAAAGAAUACAAGAAAAUAUUUUUUCUUUAAAAAUUUAUUUUAAAGUUUUUCUUUGAUUUGGAAUACAAUGUUUAAGAACAAGAAAAAAGUGCCCCAGGGCUUUUCACUGUGCCUCCGUAUCUGAGUCUUUUCACAAACGCAUGUGAACAUAAACGCAUUCCUUGCAGAUCAGUCUCAGUUCUCCGUAGUGUGAGCAUUUUGUGCUGAGCCUGAUCAUGAAGAUCCUCCGCCUCCUUUUCAGUUCUUCACUGAUUAGAACUGGUGGCUAGGGAUAAGACUGAUGGGUAAACGAUUGGUAGAAAGCCUUAAAAACUUGAGAAGAAACUCAAAUUCCUAGUUCUCUGAGUGGAGGAGCCUCCAUACCACAUAGGCACCUAUCUCUUUUAGGUGCUUUGUGAAUGAACUGCCACACCAGAAAGAUAGUUUAAAGAAGCAACUUCAGUUUAAGUUUACAGACAAUUGAGUUUGGGUUUUUUUUUUUUUUUUUUUUAAUGGUUUUGUUAAGUGGAGAAGUGAAAAAAGAUCUUCCUAGCCUUCCCUCCACCCCACUGUUUGCUGCUGAAAUGGCUCGUUCCUCUUGCUGCGUGAGUGUAUGUUUCUGUUAUUAGAGGCAACUUGGUGGUGGGAAUUCUUGCGUUUGUUCCCUGUAUUUAAAUUGGGAAUAAAGGGAUUUGCAGUGUAGCAGGUGCUCAAUAAAUACUGCAGACUAAUCCCACUUUUCAAAGCUUAGAGGUUAAAGAGAUGAUCAGUAGGUAAAUAAUUAGAGAAAAGAAAUAGAACAAGAGACCAGAAGAGGGAUUUAAAACACCAUUGCUUUGUUUAUUUUAGAAGGGAGGAGAAAGUUAUCUGUCCAAAUAUACAUCUGACUGAGGUAAGAGAAAACACAAUGCCCCCUCUUUUUUCAUUAUUUCUAGAAAGGGUUAAAUAACGAUUUAUUUCAUAGAUAGGGUGGGAAUGUUGAAGAAAGAUGAGCUUUACAUGAGGCCAAAAGUUUCUCUUAACUAAGGAUUUGGGUAUACUCCAGAGUUUAGAGGUUUUUCAUUUCCUGGAAGAAUAUGGAUGUGGGAAGAAGCCACAAAAGAAUCAUCAGUCUAUACAUGUGUGUAGGUUUUAUGUUUUCCAAAAUAUUUUCAUAUAAAUUGGCAUAUUGAUUCUCAAAACCCAUCACCACACUCCCCGCAAAUAUAAGUGAGUGUGAAGAAAACUGAUUUAAUAUUUAUUUUUUACUGAGUCUUAUGUCUUCUGUUGCAACCUCUGGAGGGUUUUUUUUUUUGGUUUGUGAUUUCCCGCCCCCCCCCCCCUCAUUUAACAGAAUACAAUCUUGUCACAGUCAUUUUCAUAUAUAUGAAACUCUGCAUAAAAAAUAAAAAUAGAAAUAAAAAACCAAAUUAUUGUUCAUUCAUAAUAAUCCUUCAUUAUUGACUUGUCAGAAAAUGCAUCACACCUUUUAUUGCUGGAAAUAUCAGCCUUUUAUUUAUAUUGAAGGAAAUUCCUAAGCUAGUGCAAAAAGAAGCUUCUGCUCUCUGCCAUAAUUAUCUGCUCCCCCUUUCUUUGCCAGUCUGUUAUUGAUCAGAGUUGCAAUUAAGAGAGACUCCGUAGUUUGUUUCUGUCUCCCUCUGGGACAGACAGACCCAGGCAAGGCCCAUGGCCUCAGAUCCAUCCUUUCCUGGUGCUCCAGGGACUCGCUGGACCUAUGGAUGCCUUACAUAGAAUUGCAUUCUGCCUAAUGGACCAGAUAGAUUCUCCUUAACGGUAGCAUCUUACAUAAAGGGAAACAUCCAAUCUUGAAAAAUAGAGACACUCUCACUUUAAGAUUAGAAAAUUAUCUUUCCAGACCUAAUUUCAAAUUCAGAAUUAGAAUUUUCCACAUUCUUGAAGAUUCUGAUUUCAAUAGAUUGCAUUUCUUCCUGAAAUGGGGUUUUGUUGUCUUUUACAACUUAGAAUUUAGAAGGGGAAAAAAGCAUUUGCAAAAACACUUUCUCUGAUGGAUGCAUGUGUAUGUUUGGUUGAGUCCUUUUGCUGUUCACUUGACACUAUCAUAACAUUGUUAAUCGGCUAUACCCCAAUACAAAAUAAAAAGCUUAACGAGAUUAUGCAUGUAUGUGUAUAUGUGUGUGUGUCUCUAUAGCAAAAAACACU